AUGGCCGACGUGAACCAGAAUCAGUUUACUCUCAUGAGUCUUGAGGACGAGCUGACGUGCAGCAUCUGUCUGAGCACCUUUAACUGUCCGGUCACCCUCCCCUGCGGACACAACUUCUGUCAGGACUGUCUUCUCACCCACUGGAAAGACUCCUACAGCUGCCCUCAGUGCCGGACCUCCUUCCCCACCAAACCGGAGCUGAAGAAAAACACGGUCCUCAGCACUGUGGUGAAGACCUUUCACUCGGGGUGCCAUGAAAGCGGGGACCAAGAGAUCAUAGAUGAGACCACAGAGGAGACCCUCGAGGAGAAGAAAGAUGAAAUCAUUCGCUGUGACACCUGUAUGGAUGCAGAGGCGUCCCAGACCUGCCUCACCUGCAUGGCCUCUUAUUGUGAAGAGCACCUGCGGCCUCAUCGAGAAAACCCCAAAUUCAGUGUCCACCAGCUGUGUGAGCCCAUCGAGGAUCUGUCCGAGCACAUCUGUGCGGACCACAACAAGCUGAUGGAGUUUUUCUGCAGUGAGCACGGACGUCCCAUCUGCAGCUUGUGCCUUCAGCAGGUUCACAAAGGUUGUCCCUUCAUUUCUCCCGAGGAGCAGAGGAACCAGAAAGAGGUGAGAUUUCGAUUUUUUACAGACCUGCUCCUUUUACAAUAUCCUCUGUCUUUCUGACCAGUUUUUACUUAAGUGUUCUGAAUCUACCAGGUCUAACGUUUGUUGUGUUGUGUUCAUGUUUUUGGCCUAUCGUCAACAUCCCUGAAAGGCUUUUAUUUAUGUGUUUUUUUUUUUUUUAAAGCUCCUGAGUUGUAAGGUGGUUAUGAAACAGACUGAAAUUCACAAUAAUUUAUCUUGAUGAACUACACAAGCAAACCACAUGAAGACUAGAGCUAUUUCUGUAGCUUCUUUUGUGGCCCUUUAUCUUUUAUUUUGCAUUUGUGCUCGUUGACCUUCGCAUUCGCGUUUCCUUUCCCUUAACAUUUGCAGCUGUUGUUGCCAGAAGCAGAGACAGGGGACACAUACUGCAGUAUGCGCUGUACAGAUGAGGGAGUUUCUCGUGUACUAGUAACGCUUCACUCCUCCAAAGUCCUUUUUUGAACUUCUUUUUUGUUGGUCUUUGCAGUUAGACUUCAGAGAGAAGCUCAGUUUGCUGGAUAUGAAGAUUGACAAGACUGAGACUGUUCUGUUUCAAAUGAAAGACAUGCAGAGCAAGCUGAAGGUAUUUAAGUGCUGAUUCCAUUUUUAAUGUAAAACAAACUAAUCAAAACAAAAAAAGAUGAUGUUUUCACGUUUUCCUCUUUGAUAACUUGUCUCUUUACUUGUCUUUGUUGCUUGUUGUGGUCCUGGGCGCGCUAGGAUGCAUCAACCUUCAAGAAGACGGCAUUAGCAGGCCUGUAUCAGCAGAUGCAGGACAUACUGGCUGCAGAGGGACGUGAGGCCCAAAAUGAGGUGGAGCGAGAGCUGGAGAUGGGUCAGAGGAAACUCCAGGACCUCAUGAAAAGGUUUACACAGAACACAGAGACAAUGAGAAAAGCAAGAGAGAAUAUCAACAGUCUGCUGACUCAGUCCCAGAGUCCGGCCUUUCUAUAGGUGCGAUGAUGAGCUUAAAGUCUGAGAAGGUUCAAAGUGGGGCUGGGCUAGAGGGCUGAUUAGUUGAGUCACAGGAAUCUGACAAAUAUAAUCUUAUCAGUGUGUUUUCUUCACUUUCUUUGCUCGUAGGCCUCCUUUCACUUGCCAAAGGUUGUCAACUUUGACCCCCAUCCACCUCGAAUCAACCUGGACUCCAAGAAGGUGACAGCAACUCAGACCUUUGCUGCUACCCUGAAGGAGCAUCUGACAGAGAUCCUCAAACAGCCUGUGGAGGCCAGACUCCAGACACUCAAACCAGGUGACUGACUUUGUGUGGUCAAAGUUUACUGAAGUGAAUUGGGUGUUAGCACAGACCUGUUUGCAUCACGACUGUCAGUGGAUAAUGCUGUAAAAUUUGUUAAUAGUUGACCGUAGACUGUAUAUAGAAUGGACGUCCUCUGACUCCUCGCUGGGUGAAGCCUUCGUAAGAACAGCUUUCCCUGAUGACAAGCUGUAGUAGAGGUCAUAAAUCCUCCAGCAAAAUGAAUGGAGCUGUGGACAAAAUUUAUAGAAAUAAUUUACACAGAAUAUAAAAUUUUCUCCUGAAAUGCCAGUUUCGGGAAAUAGAGAAAAUCCCAGAAAUACAGAGAGCAAUUUGGCUUCAAAUUCGUACAAUGAUGGUUAGUGGCAUACUCAUAUACAGUCUAUGAGGUCGACUUCAAUGGAUAAAGGCACAAAAAGGAACUCUCCUUAUCAGUGUGAAGCAGCAUAUAAAUGCAGUUAUUACCAUUUUCAGAUGAAAAAGCCGAGCCUGCUGUCGGACCAGAAAAAAGUUUAAGCAUCACGCCUGAACCAGGUAUGCUAAUCCUGACAGUAAUGUGUUUAAACAGCAAAACUGGAGCUGUGUCAAUCUAAUGUGGAAGAUCAAGCUCCGCGCUGAUCUUGAUGCUUUUAAAAGAACAAUGACCAAGCUACUGUGACAAGAGAAGUUUUCUUUUUAUUCAGGAGAGGGUGGUUUACAGGAAAUAAACUUUUUACAUUUUAAUUAAUGCAAAGCUGUUGAGGUGCAUGGCCACAUGCACCUACACACACACACGCACGCACGCGCGCACUAACUUAACAUAAUUAGUUGAUAGAUGACAUGAUACAAUAAAGAAAGGAUAAUGCACUUAAAUAUCUUUAAUAGACUCCCCUUAAUCAGAGACACCAUCAGUAUGUGGGAAACUCACGCACUAGUUUCAUUUUAGUAAUAUUUUGCACUUGGCAGAUUUAUUAUCCCAAAUAAAAUAGUUGAUGUUAGCACUGUUUUUACAGGUAUCCAAUCACAAAUAUCUUGGAUCAAAAAAGUGAAUUUGGACAAUCUUAAACAGAAUAUCGAUCUGGAACAAAGUGUCCCUUUAGAUUCAAAUUCAGACAUUUCUGCUCAUGGCUUUUGGCCACCGGAUAUAUUUCAUCAUUAUUUGAUGUGUGCACAAUGAAACUUGUGUUUGGUUAGGGUUAGCAUCAGCAUUGCGAAAGAGAUUUUUAAUCUCAAUGAGUAAUUUUUUUUCUGGUUAAAUAAAGUUUAAAUAAAUAAGAAAAACUACAUAAAUCCUGAAAUUUUACAUUUUUAUAUUUGUAAACUGCAUUUGUGUUUUCUUAGCAGUGAAAACGUUGUUGAAAAGUUUGAUUACCUUUUUGUGGCACAUAAAAGUUUGCGUGUAUGAAAUCUGUUGUUCACCUUUUACCUUGAAAACUACCAGAUCCUCACGAGCAGAGAAGACCGCCAAGGUCUCACAGUCCAGGUUGUCCACCCGUCCAGCCGAUCUUUCAGCCUGUUCCUGUGCCUGUUUACAUCAGUCCUCAAACUGGCUGGAAUCCAUCCCAGUUUUCACAAUCGUCUGGCUUUCAUAAACGCCCUCAUUUCAAUCCUGGACAAAAACCAAGUAAGAUAUAAAUGCACAACCACUACAUAGUAGAUUAGUACAACCUAAUUCCAAUUAAGUUAGGAUGCUGUGAAUAAUGUUGAUAAAAACUAUAAGCCUAUAGUUAGAUUGAAACUAAUGCAAAGAAAACAAAUCAAAUAUUUGAACUGAAAAAAUGUGUUGUGAAAAUAUCUGCUCAUUUUUAAUUGGAUGGUAGGAAUUAGUUUCAAAAAGUCAGGAAAAACAGCAACACACUGAAACAGUUGUUUACUGCAGCAGGGAACACCUGAAGGAGCACCUCUUACCUAAUGGGGUGAAUUUGCAGCAGGUCAGUCACAAAACUGGGUAUGAAAAGGACUUUCCAGACAGUCUCUCAGAGGGAAAGAUGGUACGAGGUUCAACACUCAGUGAGAAACUGUGCAAGCCUGUAGUUCAACAGUUAAACAGUUUAGUUUCAGAGGAGAGGAACAACCCAGCUUGUUAUCAGUGCACAGCUCAACAGGCAGCACCUUUGGUGGUACAAGGAUACAGGAGAGCUCAUGAUAGCUUAAACAUGUGGGAAGGUUCCAUUAACGCUUAAUAACAUAUACCGAGGACUUCAUGCAACACAUGGUGCCAUCCAGACAAUGACUUUUUCAGAGGGAGGCCUCUCCUGGGAUCCUAAAUGGUAACAGAGUGCUGUUAAAAAGGCUAAGCAAGCUCCUGUGCCAGGUUUUCUGAAUAGUGUUGCAGCCUUUAAAUUCAAAUGUGCUUAUAUUUCUCAUAGAAUAAUGUAUAUUUUCAUGCAAACAUUUUGUAAAGGAUUUUAAUUUUGAACAGGAUUGUUAAGAUUUGCAAAGCAUCCCAUCUUUUUUGGAAUAAGUUUUAUUAUAUUUUAAUUCACCACUUAAACCAAUAUGAUAAAGAAAUUCAAUGAGACUGAAAUCUUAACACUUCUGCGCCUAAAUCUCAUUUGAUUUGGCAUGCGUCACUUUUUUACCUGUGCGAAUAAUUAUGAAUUUAUUAAAUAAAUCAACCAGCAACAUACAAACCACUGAAGGAAAAUGAUAAUACCGGACAUAUUAAGCCAAACCUGGUGAAUUUUCCAAACUUAAGAUCUUUCACAAAGUCAUGAAGAAACAAAAAAAAUUUCAUCAGCUGUAAAGAGGAAGAACCUGGUCUCAAAGCCAGUUCAUAAAACAAACCUUAAGACGGCUUCUAAAGGGGGCAACAGCCGCCAAAACACUAAAGGUAUGUUUCUGUUAGUCAGUAUAUACAGCCUAUACAAAUGCUGCAUGAAAAUUUAACUUCAUUUUAUACCUUUUAUUCCCAUUUUAUGUGCUGCUUGUCAUUUCUUUCCACCUGCAGACAAGAAAAGUGAUGCCAGUCCCAGGCCAUUCCACAGUAUGUCUCUUUUUUCAUAUUUUUAUGAUGGGAAUUUUUCUUCUUCAGUCAUACCAUCUCCUUACGAGGUCUGUGCCUUAAAAUACAGAACAUCUAAACCAGAUUUGCACUUGUUGUUCCCAGGACACCAAAUACAGAAAUUCAAUGUAUUAGUAACACAUGGGCCAUAUUUUUGACUCUGUAGGUAAGCUUCACAUUUUGUCACGAAUGCUUUGCAUCCUUCAAUUUUCGAUCAUUUUCAGCUGUUCGAGACUUACUGGCUUCUCUUAAUCUAGUUGCACAACAAUCUUUUUUCAAAGUCACACUUGUCAUAAGAACGACUUUGUUUUUGAACCUGAACUUUUGGGAUGGGCAACUUGGAAGGGUAUACAAAAAAAAUGUUUCCAAAAACAUCAGCUUAGCACGCACUGUCAUACCUACACAACCUGAAUUACCUGUGUGCCAGGAUGUUUGCAACCUGAAAGGCUCCUCCAGUUUGAUUUGUUAUUGCAUGGGUUAGGUUUUUUUACUCUGCAGUUCUACACUGUAAUUUUUGAAAGAGCACAGCUUUUAUGAAUACAAAUCUGUUUGGUUAUCAGCUUUUGUUUCAUACUAAAGCCAAGUAGUUAAGAGGUCCUUCUUAUAUAUUCUUCCAGAACAAGAGAACAAGCCUCAGGGUGCUCAUGGUGGAGGUAAACCAAGUGCCAAAGGGUCUGACUCCAGCAAGAGAGAUCAUCCUCACGGCCAUCCUCCAUCUGGAAAGUCCUCCAAAGGAAAUCCACAUCCUAAAAACAAGAAGUAG